ACAAGUAGCAAUUUUAAGAAACCUGAAACACUCAAAAUAGUCUUAUUUUUCUGAACAUCGAAACCCCCGUGCUAACAGCUCCAUAAUGAGCGCAGCUGUGAAAUAAAAAUAGCUGUUGACAUAUUGCAAAAACCCAUAUUAUUUAUAUCUUAAUAUACAAAGAUGGUUGGAUGAUAUGUCACGAUGAAAUACUUUUUUUUCCUCCACUCAAUCUUAUUUGUCGUCACAUUGUGCAAUGCUGACAGAAUAUCAAUAUGUCCUGCUGCUCAGACAAAGAUACUUCCCGUCAAAGUCAGCAACAUUAUACUUCCGUCUAUUAAACUGCGCAAAGGAUAUCAGCUUCCAGUUAAAUUUGAUUUAAAAGUAAACACUCCCCUACCAGAAAAGGUACGGGUUGAUGUGUAUAUACGGAGAAAGAUGUUCUGGUGGAUACCUAUACCGUGUAUAUCAACAUAUGGGUCAUGCUCAUACAAAGUUGACAACAAAAAUUGCGCCGCGUUCAAGAUUUAUCAAAUCGAUUGCAAGAAACCACAAGCAUAUAAAUUUGAUCAUGUGAUCACCGUUCCAAACAUCAACUUACCUUCUGUCAUUGUUAGCGGGCUGUAUAGAGUUAAUGCAAGAAUAUAUGAUGACGUCAAAAACCAGGAAUUGCUAUGUAUUAAUGCUGAAGUAAAUGUUAUCACGUGAUGAUAAAAAAACAACGAAGAUGUCUUUUCUUUUAUUUUGCCUAUGUAUUAUAACAAUGACCUUUCUCCUCUUCAAAUUUUCUCCCCGUAAUAUAAGAGAAGGUCAUGAUCUGCUUCUUGGUAGAAACCCUUAGAGCAUUGGCUUGAAACUAGGGCAAAACUAAUCAUUAUUAAUGUUAUCAGAACAAUGGUUACUAGAUAGUUUUGCUCCAAAUUUUAGCAGAAGUUAAUUUAUACUGAGAAUAUUUAAUACUUCUCACGGUAGAACAAACGUUUUAAUAAGCAAGCAUUUACGGGAAUCACAUGUU